ACAUAGUACCUACCUACCAAAUAAAAAUUUUGCAAAAACUCGUAAAAUUAAAAUGUCUAUAAAUAGCUCAAAAAAUGCUUACGUUUUGAAAAUUUUAUCACAUCUAGAAAAAUAAAUACCAACAAAAUAAAGUACCAAUUUUUAGCUCUAUACGAAUUAUUAAGGAAUUUGGUACUUUUUUGUUCUUUUUUGACUGGACUAUAUAUUAUCACAGAUUAUUGAAAACAAUUUCAUAUUAUUCUGUACAUUAUGUAUAUGUUUGGAGCAAUAUUUCUGAUGAAAAAUAAAAGUCGUACAAAUUGAAAACAAAGAAAUUGGUAACGCCACGGUAAGGUAGGUAUAACAAAUAAAAUUAAUGUCUACUUAUUGUUUAUCUAACGCCUUUGUACCAAUGUUUACGCAGUUUUGGAACCACUGGGCUUUCUUAUCAAAUAUUGCCAGUGAACGUACGUAAUAAAUUAGGAAGUUGGCUUACGGCCGCCAUUUUUCUUUCGUUAUAAAAUAUGUACAGUGCUUGUUAGUCGUUAUCGUCGCUACUCGCUUUUUAUAACUGAAAGUACUCGUGGUUCGUUGUUGUUCCCUUGGUUCGUUAGAAAUUUUCGUGGUAUUUCACGAAUACAUUGACGUUCAAAUUCAGCUGUAAGUUAAGCCGAGACGAUUGUGCUCCGAACCCUCGGUCUGACCGCUUUAACGCGUUUCAUUUGUUGAUUCGACUACGACCGCUUCCUCACAGGUAACGGCAACGGUAUUAUUGCAUACCAAUAAAUUCAUUCGUGUAAAAAUGGCAUUAUACUGAAUAAAAUGUCGUCCUUCAAUCCGCAUACCAUUCAUUCUCCUUCUGGAGAUAGUUUCUCCUCCCGUGCAAUCAAUGUCAGACAACCGUCAGAUGGAAAGAAAGUUGAACAUGCCAGUGCCGAAAUCGCUGCAGGCCGGCAAUAACAAGGCAGACGCUAAAAAACCGUCAGGUAUAUUUACGUCUAAUCAUAAUCUAUUACUAUUUAUUAAAUGUAGCCAGUAUAUAUGUAUGUAUUAUAUUGUGCACAUGUUAACAAUAACAGAAACAUCUAAGCCUAAAACUAAUUAAAAUUUCAUCAAAGUUCUUGUAAUAUCAAUAGAAAGAUUAUUGACAAAUAAUAUUAUCUAAACCAGCUGCACAUUUUCCAACACAGUUCUUUUAACCAAAAUUAUUUGCAAAUUUGUAUCAUUUUUUUUUUUUGUUGUGAUAAAGAUAUUUGAUAAUACGUGUACCAUUAUUGUAAAUUCCAAUUUGACAAGGAUGGAAAAUAUAAGAUUAAUUGUGGUUGGAUAGAGUGGAGAGAAUCAUCAGGCGAUUUAUGUGACAACAGAAUUUUAAUUAUAAACCCUCUUGACGGUUCUUCACAUGUAGGUACCGCUGUUCUUAUUUCAUCCAAAAUUCAGUAUCAUCCUUUUCCUCCUCUCUAAAGCCCUACUAUCCAAGCGAAUUUUAUUUCAAUAACAUUAAAGCAUAUUCCAACAACUAUAGCAGCGGUAUACUGCCCAUCUAGUCCAGUUAUAUCUCAAGCUCAACUAAACUUAAUUUUUUUCUCUUUAGGGAAUAUACAUUGCUUGGGGCGAUUUUCAUGCAAAGCACCGGUUAUGAGGUAGUCACAUUGAAAAUCCCAGAGGUCAUCUAUUCUAUAACACCAUAUAUAUAAUUUUGGUUGUAAAAUUAUUUCUUCAACCGACCCCUCGACGAACCCCAACCGACGAACAUCAAUCCAAUAUUUCCACGCCUUACCCAUCUCUUUUUUUGAUACCACUCAUUCAAAUAAAAUAAAUAGUUUUCUUGACACGCCAGUCCUAAUAUCCUUUCCUAUAAGACACAUUUCACCAAUUGAAAUCACAAAUGAAAUACAAAGACACAAAUCCAAUAAAUCCUUAGGUUAUGAUUUAAUCACAAAUAAGAUUUUCAAGUUUAUUCCUAAGAAAAACAUUUUCUUUUAACUUUUAUAUACAGUGCCAUGUUACGAUUAUCCUACUUUCCUGUAAUAUGGAAAUUAUCCAUAAUCAUACUCAUAUAUAAAUCAAGUAAAUCUACCAACGUAACCUCUUCAUACAGACCUAUAAGUCUACUCCCAGUACUCUCUAAGUUUUUCGAAAAACUUGUUCUGAAAAGGAUUAAACCUAUAAUGAAGUUAAAAAACAUCAUCCCCAAUGCUCAAUUUGGCUUCCUGGCUUGCCACUCCACAAUCCAAUAAUUGCACAGAUUAGUUGACCAAAUUGCUUCCUCAAUCGAAAAAAAAAAGGAUAUUGUCCAGGAGUUUUCUUGGAUGUAGUACAAGCAUUCAAUAGAGUUUAGCACAGUGGCCUACUUUUCAAGUUAAAACUUUUUUCUUGCUCCCCUUUACCUAAUAAUUCACUUAUACUUUGAAAACCAUUCCUUUGUUGGGCGUCAAGAUAACUACUUCUCUUCCAUUUUUCCUAUUCAAGGAGUCCCUUAAGGGCGUGAUUUGUCUCCUGAUAUCUUUAAUAUAUUUACAUCCGAUAUCCUCCAAACUAUUGACAUUAUUCUAUAUACUCAUGCCGACAAUUCAGCAAUUUUAUCUUUCAAAAUAGAUCCCACUGAUGCUUCCCUAGCACUUCAGCACCACUUAAAUCAAAGUGGCAAUUGGUCACUAAAAUAGAAAAUAAAAAUUAACGCCAAUAAGGCUGCUCUUAUUCCUUUUACCAUUAAUAAAACAAAUUUACCACCUCUAAUAUUCCAAGGAGGUUCCUAUUCCAUCACAAACAAGUGUUUAAUAUCUUGGUAUUGUUUUAGACAAAAGACUUACCUGAGGGCCCCACCUUAAAGCAAAAAGAAAGUUAUUAAAUACAAGACUGCAUCCUCUUACGACCAAUACUUAAUUCUAAGUUUCCCUUAAAAAACAAGGUUCUGAUAUACAAAUCUAUGAUUAGGCCUGUCUAGGCUUACGGCUGUCUACGGUGCCCAAAUCUGGGGUUGUGCAAACCAUCUAAAAAAAAAAAUAUCCAAGCUUUCCAGUCAAUUUGCUUCCGCUAAAUUACCUCUGUUCCUUGGUUCGUCAGCAAUCACUCUUCAUAAAGAUCUUUGUAUUAAUACCAUUGACAAUCUAACCAUAGCACACUAUAAACAAAUUUCACUCCAAAUUAUCUCUUCAUGUCAACCCACUCGUCUCAAGUCAAUAUUCUUUUAACAUGCCUGGCAACCUUCCUUGUCACCUUAAAAGACUGUGCUGUGAUAUCCUGAUUUAGGUGUGUAAACCUAAAUCAUAAUUAGGGUCCCAUCACUGGAUGUAGUAUAGAUGAAUACGUUUAUGUGGAUGAGUGAAUUGAUGAUAGAAAAUAAAACAACGGAUGAGUAGAGAAGAGAUAGUUUAUGCAUGGCUUUGAUAGUAGAUAAAAUGAGAGAAAAUAAGCGGAUGAGUUUAGCAUAUUAUGAGGAGAGAGAAAUUUGAAGCAAUAAGAAUUGUAAUAAAAAUAUACAUAGGAGAAAAGGGGUGGUUGGAUGUGAUUGAGACUGGUAUGAGGAUAGUUGUGAGCUAAUGUAUAAGAAGUGGAAGAUUAGAAAGAAGGUUGGCAGACCCCCUAAAAAGUUGGAAUGAAGGUGAAGAAGAAGAUUAAUUAUAAUCAUUAGGAAAAUAUAUUUUAGUUUGUGAUUAUGACUAAUCCAUGUUGUGAACUCUCAUAAAAAUAACUAGAUAAUAAUAAUCUCAUUAUUUUAACUAUGAUAAUUAAUCAUUUUUAAUUAGUGAAAUUUUGAAAAAACAGAAAACUAACUAUAGAUUGGUUUCAUAUUUAAACCUAUGUGGGUACCUAUGAACAAGUACUAAUUAUUUUUGUUAAGGAUUUUUAAAUUGUUUUGUUAUUUUUACCAUAGUUUAAUUUUUCAUUAAACAAGUAAAUGUUUUAUGUUCUGUUUAAACCAAAUCAACUUAAACUAAACAAUUUCUUAGUAGAUACAGAAAACAAUAGAAAUACCUACCUAUAUUAUUUAUUGAAAACGGUUAAUUGGUUCUUGUGAAAAAACAUCAUAUGUGGACAAUCGGCCCACGUCUUAAUUUUAUACAUGUACAAUUGGUCCUGGGGAAAUUUUGUUUUCACAAAUUUGAAAAGGAUAACUAACGACAUAUCAGAAAUAUUCAACAAUAAAAUGCAACAUAUUGUCCAGAUUAAACAUCCAAGUAUUUUUUUGAUUUGAGAAUCUAUACAAAUAAUGAAUUGAACAACAAUGAUAUAUUUUACUAAAAACAAUGAAAAUGUACUUAAUAAUAACUUUAUGAAACCUAUAAGUGAAAAAAAAAUUUUUAUUUAAAUUUAAUUAAAAUAUAAAUUAUUGUUUAAUCACUAUGUUUAACCCAAUGGUUUUUUUUUUUUGUAUAAAUAUACCGAUAGUAAUAAUUUUAGUAUCAUACAGUUCAGUUUAUUUGAUAGAAUAAACACAUACACAUAAUGAGCAUUGGGAAAUAUGUUAUAUGUUAUAUGUUUGAUAAAAAUAAUUUACAGUGUACUUUUCCUAACACAGAAAUAGUGUUGCGUAUGUAUUUAGUUUGAUAGUGUCAAACCUAACCUAGCAGGGAUCGAUCCUUUUCAAAAAUGAAAUUAUUUUAAAACAGUUUACAAACUUUAAUGACAUAAUCGAGUAAUUACUAUUUUAUUUUAAAGUUUCAUUGCUCGUGAGUAUUUUUUUAUAUCAUUUAUGUAGAGGUAGUACAUAAAAAAUUCAAUUAAAAAAUAAUUUUAUUUUUGUUCUAAAACCUCUGAAGAUUAUAUGAGUCAUGCACAGAUAAAACUAUAAAUAAACAUGUCUUUAUAUUAUUAUAGAUUCUCAUAUUAUUUUUUAAACAUUACUCAGUAAAAUAUUAUAUUGUACUUAAGAACAUACUGUCAUUCAUAUUUUUAAAACUUGUAUUAGUAAAAUAAUGAUACAAAAUAUAUGGGUAUAGGUAAAUAAUAUUGUAAUACAAAUAAAUAUUUAGGUACAAUUAGUAUUAAAUUAAAAAAGAUGAGCUCAUACAUUUAAAAUUAGUUUUAUAGUGAUUAAAAACAAAAAAAAAAUGUAUACAUUAGGUAGGUAUAUAAUUAGGAUGCUUUGAUUAUAAUAUCGUUUAUAUUUUAACUAGUUAAAAUUAGUCUCAAUUUGCUAUUUUUAAUUGAGCUUUCAUUAAUAUUUUUUGGAUUUUGUGUUUUGUAGUUAGAUAAAGCCUUCUAUAUGGAACUAAUUCUUUCAUUUGCACUUCAAUAAAAGUCCCAAAUGAAGCUGUAUCAUCAUUAUAAGAGGUGGGAGUUUCUUUUUCCAAGGACUUGAAAUAUAGAGAAUAAAUAUCUUUAGUUCGCCUUUGUUUUUUUAAUUUUAAAGCCAUAAUUUUAUUGAAACUUGAAUCAGCUGUUAAAUGGUCAAUACUCUGCAAUUUUAAAAUCAUUACAAAUAAAAAAUACUAAAUACAUUUUAUUGUUUCAAAUUUUUUUUUUUUUUACAUGUAGUAUAAUCGUACCAUACUCUGGGAUCCUUCAAAUGUUUCAUCAUUGGGAGGUGUUAAAACUACAGGUUCCAUGGCCUCUUUAAAACUGCUUGUAAACAUGUAACUGAAAUAAAUUGUUUAGUAUUGAAGUUAAAAUAUGUUUUAUAAAAAACUGUCAAAAAAAGCUUACCAUUGGUUUUUUCUAUUACAAAUAUCACUUUUAAUUUCAUAAUUUACUUUAUCACAUUCAUAUUCAGUUUUUAAAGUUUCAGCAUGAUUAAUGCUAUCGCCUUUGUCAAAAAGAAAGUUUUUAAUAUUUGUAGAAAUGUGACAUUUAUCAUUUUGUUCUGUACACUCAUUAGUAUAAUAAGGUACUUCAUGACUAUUAAAAGAAAUAUCAUUUUUAUUUUUAUUUUGGGGUUCAUAUUUCGUCUUGUGUAUGCCAUUAAAAUCAAAUUUCACAAUUUCAACAUGUGUAUCAUUUUCCUGUGUACAGAUAUUUAAAUAAAAUAUAGCAAAUUGAAAAACUAAUUAAUUAAUUACCAUUAGUUUGGUUUUAAAUUGUAUAUUAGGAUUUAAUUUUGGAUUCCUUUUUUUAUUAUAUCUCUGAAAAAUAAAUAUUUUAUAAAUCUGUUGAUUAUUUUUUCUUCAAUUCAUCAUAGUAUCUUAUAUAUAAACAUUUUUAAAUGGACAUACCGGAAUUUCUUCGCGGUAUUCAAUUGUUGGAAUAGCUGUUGAUUUUAAAACUCCUUUUCCAUGUCCAACUAUAUACUCAGUUUUUUGAAAAUGAUUGCCACAUAGUCUACUGCUUUUACACGGUUUCCACUUAUUUUCUCUUCCAGUAGCAGCUAUCCAUAAAGGCAAUGUUUCUAUAUUUGUUAAAGGAAAUCUAUGAAAUAAAACAAAACAAAUAGAUUAAUUAGAAUAUAAAGAUAUAUUGUUUCUAAUUAAUUUUGACAAAUUAAACUAAUUUCCAACCUUUGGAGGUAGUUUAUAAUAAGUUAUUUAUUUAUUUGUUUUUAUUGAUUUUAAUGAGAUUACCUGUGUAGUUUGACAUUUUCUUUUAUGUAUAGGCUUUUACACCCUGUUACGCUGCACUUAUUUACCAUAAUUGUCAAUUUAAUUUAACAUGAAAUAAUUAUAUUCCGACUUCCAAAAAUAUUAGUUUUAUCAAAGUAAAUUAAACAGGUAUAAAACAUUUUCGCAUUUAGCCUAGUUCAAUUGUUUUUUUACGGGCUUGAUUUAGAAUAUCCAAUUCACUAUCACUUUUUAUGUUCUUAUACACCCCGUUUUACGAGAGAAGGUUAAGCUUUUUCGUCCGUCGCUGCGCAUCUCCCACCACUUUUGCCCGUUCGCAUACGUAACUUUAAGAGGACGUGCUACCUAAAGCUUUUCAUGUGCAACGCUCGAAAGAUGGCGUUGCGCACCGUAUCGCCAUGGCGGCAGUUGUCUGUAGUCACGCCCACCUCCUCACUGUUUCGAUGCAAACCCGCAGUUUCGUGCCAGAGCGCAUUUUAUUAUCUCAUAUUCUCUUGAUUAUUGAGUAUUGUGCAUAUUGUCUAAACAUACAAUUAAUAUUAUACCUUCGUCGUGCGUGGUUGUAUUGUACGCCAGACGUAAUAAAUGAGUGCGCCCACUCGCGAAUUGAUUACUAUUUAAACUACUGUUUAUUUCUACAUAUGUAUGUAGAAAUAAAUUAUACAAUUCCUUUUCUAACAUAACUUUUAAUCGUUUUAAUAACACUAUUAAUUUUUAUGUUAUUAAACAUUUAAGGGAUUGUGGAUACGUAUAAGUAGUCGAAGUGAAGUGGUGCGUAUUCUUUCAUAAUAAUUUGUGGUAGUUUUAAUAGAAGAUAAGACAAAUAAAAACAUAAUAUGCAUAAAUUAAUUAUUUUAAUAUCAAAAAGUUCAUAAAUUUCAUUUCGUAAAUUUAUAUAUUAGCAAAUAUCCUUGUUGUGCUCAAUGAUGGGCAUACAUUGCAUAUAAAUCGUUUGUAAAUAAAAAAAAAACAUAAUAAUAAAAUAAAAUGUAUUAGGUAUUAUUGUUAUUUUUUUUAAAUAGGUAUAUCUGACACAAUCAAGUGAUAUUUAUAAACUGGAUCUACAAUUUCUGGUGUUAAACAUUCAAAAUAAAAUUAAAUUAAAUAUUAUUAAUUAUAUAAUUCACGAAUAAAUUAGUUGAACGAGUCAGGUAUAUUUUCAUGUUUUUAAUUUAUCGAUAAUAUUGGUACUCCAAAAAUCAUGUUUAUAUUUUAUUUGUUUAACUGAAAUCCAUUGAUUUGAGGUAUCUAAUUUAGUAUUUAGAUAAAAAAAACCAGUGGAUGCCAGCCACUGUUUUGGUGGGAAGCUGGAAAUGUAGGAUUUAGAAGGGAAUUUAAUAUAUAUAUCUGUAAACAACGAUAAAUCAUUACUAACGAAAAACGAUUUUGAGCGGAGUUCAGUUUAUAGUGAUGCUUUGUUAUUAAUAUUUAAAUCAUAUGACCGUAAAAUAAUUAAAUAUAGGUAUUAUAUAUGUUUUUUAAUAAUAUUUGUUUAAUAUUACACUGAUUUUCCCGUUUGCUUACGUUAUUUUUCCGGUUUACUAAUAUAUUUCGUAAAUUUUUCCAGUUCUCAGUUUUUUUGUACUUUUCUUUUUAUUGGGAAAACUGCCGGGAAUAUCAAAAAUGACCUCCUUAAAGUACCAUCCUAAGAAAAUUUCCUUUCAAUAAUAGUGCUAUAUUAUGUACAUUGGAGUAAAUUUUCAGGUAGAAAAAGUGUUCACAUUAAAAAAAAAUAAUAAUAAAUGUCUUUGUAAAACCAAUACAUUCUUCGCUUCACUUGGAAUCUAAAAAAAACCGGUAAAUUCAGUGAACGGUGAAUAAUAUAUUACCAAAGAACAUUAUAUUAUAAUAUAUUAAGAUUUAAAUAUAUUAUAUUUAACUUUUAUUUUAGUGUUUUUUUUUUUGUCUUGCUUGUUUUGCUGCACAUUUGUUUUAUCAAAUCUGUAUAAUUCAAAAUUUGUGAGAAUAGCUUCUGUAUUUAGAACUGUAAAACUAUUAAGUUUUUCUAAAGACAUAGAUGAUCUUAAAUAAUUUUUUAUUUGAAUGAAGUGUAGAAAAAGACCUUAUAGUCGAACAAUUGGAGGUCAAAUUGGCCAGGAACUUUGUGUAAUUUGGUUUAUGCUAAACCUUACAAUGCUCUUAGCCACAUUAACGUAUGGAAAAAAUUUGCAUACUUUGCUACUAUUCGGACAUACUUUGCACGAUAGGUGCAGCCACUGUUGUUGGUGAGAUGUUGGGAAUAUAGGAUAUAAAGGGGAAAUUAAUUUAUAUCUGUAAGCAACAAUAAAUCAUUGCUUACUAAAAACGAUUCUGAGCGGAGUUCAGUUAAUAGUGAUGCUCUGUCAAAAAUAUAUAUAUCCUUUUAUAGUAAAAUAAUAAAAUAGACUUUAUAUAUUUUCUUGAAUAAAAUUUGUUUAAUGUUGUACCGAUUUUCCUAGUUUUCCUACGUUUUUCCCAUGUUUUAUCCCGAAUUUUCACAUUUGCUGGAAAAAUUAUUGGGAAAAUCAAAAAAUGACCUUUUUGAAGUACCUCCCUUGUGAAAUUUCCUUUUAGAAACAUUUCUAUCAUUGACAGUUUGAGCAAGUCUUCUGGUAGAAAAGUGGCGCACAGAUAAAAAAAAAGAUAAUAAACAUAUGUAAAACCAUAAGCAUCUUCGCUCUACUCAAAAUCUAAAACUACAAUUUAAAGAUAAAGACUGCUAAGUAUAAUAAAUAAUAGAUUUAUUACUUGCAGUCAUUAAAAGAUUAGCCAGUGAGUUGAGAAUAUAAUUAACUAAUAUUCAAUCUCAAUAUCAGUUAAUUUAUGUAAUUUUUAAUAUAGGUUGCCAUUUAAAAAUUAAAAGUGGAUAGUGGUUUUACCCCUAAAAAAAUGGGUGACAUAAAAUAAAAUUGUAUUAAAUGUUGUAGAAAAUAAAUUACGAAAAAAGUUAAUACUUUUCGAGGUAAUGAGUGUAUUGACAGAUUGAUCACCCCGUAUAUAAAAUAUAUGAAUUAUUUAUAUAAUUCAUAAUUUUUCCCAAAACAUUUUUAUAGUCGCCGUGAAAAUUUAGCGCCUUCUAACAAAUAUUAGGGGGGGAGUUAUUGUCCUCCCGAACCAUCCCCUAAAUACAUCUUUGUGUAUAAUGUAUAUUAUUAAACAUAAAUAUCAUCACACGUACUUGACCACUUUCUACAGCUUCAAUUGGGCUUGAGCUUGUUUUUGCCGAGUAAGGAGCUUUAAUUUUUAUAAAAUAUUAUAUUAUUAAAUAAUAAAACUUUGUUUUUUAAAUUGUAUCUAUUACAAUCUAGGAAUUCCGCCCAGGAAUGCAAAUUCUUCGUCUAUAAAUAAACCAUACGGUUUUAUCCGGAUUCCUGAAUUCUUUUUAACCAACUUCGUUUUAGUGCCAUUUUCCAUAUUGCUACCAUACUUAACUAAUCUAUUUUUUAUUUUAUUUAAUUAGGUAAUUUAAAUAAGGUUCAAAAAUUAAAAUUAAUUCUUAUUUUGUUAGGUUCUCGCUUAGAGGUAAAAUUUGAAUAUAUUAUAGAAUGGACUGUACUUCGUACGCAUUUUACAAAUGCGACCAAAAUUACUAGCUGUAAGUCUACAAAGCCUUUCAAGUUUCCAAAUAUCAUUAUAUGCCUGGUCUCUUGUUUUCUCUAUUUUAAAAUGGUCGACUUCGUUUAGUUUUCUAUAAAACAAACGUCAUAACCCAAUGUCGAAAGACUCACAACAUGAGGUCUGGGAGCACUAUACAUUAAAAUAAAUCAAUACUUAUGAUUAUACUCGUAUAUUAAAAUAAAAUUAUACCCAGUAAUAGUUUAUAAUGAUGAUAAUACUAACAUAAAUUACAAUAAUAGUUUAAAUAUUUACCUAAUUUUUUAUAAAAUGUGUAUGCUCAAUAAAAAAACCAUUCCAAAAUGAAAAAAGUACCUACCUGAUCUUACCAUGUAGAUAGCAACAUUUUCUUAUGUUGGCUAGAUAUUUGUAGACCCUAUCUUUUUUAUGGAAAUUAAAAUUAUGAUACUUUACUUACAAUUUUUUUUUAUGAUCAGCUCUUUCAUACAUUGACGUACAGCUUUCAUACCGGUUGCUCUUUUUUUUUGCAUGUAAUUUCUUAGGGGUCAUUUUUAUAAUUAGAAACAAUUCAAAAUCAUAACAAUAGACUAACUUUUUACUAGACAAACACUUAACUCAAAGUAAUUUGCUGAUAGGGUUGCGCAUCAUUAAUCACAUAUAGUGCAUGUAUUUAUUUUCGUUACAGUGUAUUCUAAUUUUAAAAUUAUCAUAACUAUUUAUUUUAUAUUCUGAGCGAAGUGUAGAAUGUAUUUGUUUUAUAAUGAUGGUUUUUUUUUUUAAAUUACGGUUUUUCGUAAGACUAUUAAACCAGCUCCGAUCAGAAUAGUUUUUCAUUAGAAAUGAUUAAGAUCUAUACACAUUAUGACUGACCGGAAUCCGUCCGUGCACGGGAAAAUCUUAUUUCUGUAUUUUUAAAUAUAAACAUUUAUAUUAGUCCAUUACGAUGACAGAACGGAAUACCGGGCCGAGGACGGGCACUAAAAAUGUCCUUCACGGAUAUCCGUCUGAGUUUUCCUUUGGAUCGUUGUAGUGGGAAUGAGUUGCCGGGCCGGAUAUGGAUAGAUUCACAUUUUGCUAUAUUAAUUAUUACUUAUUAUUAGUUCGAUUAUACUUAUACAGUAGGUUAGGUUAUACAGUAUUACUUAUUAUUAGUUGUCACUAUAGUCAGACUUAGUAUUUUAUAAUUUACCAGAAAUUUAAAAAAGAAGCGGAAAAAUUGAUUGAAUGUGUGCAAGCACAACUCUGGCCUGUACGAUUAAUAAAUUACAUUUUUAUAUUUAAAAUCAAAUUAUUAAAUUGUUUUCCUUAUUUUAUUAUCAUUACCAAAUUGUAGUUUUUCUUAGUCUAUAGGUUUUUAAUUUAUAAUUUAAUAAUAUAUUUAGGUACUUGCCUAGUUAGUUACCUAUAUUAAAUAUAUACAUAUAAUUACUACAGGUUGAAAGCUAAAAAAAUUAAAAUGUAUACAUCUUUAUUUAUAUAUAAAAUAAAUACAAAAAUUAAAUGAACUCAUUGUGCCAAAAAAUCAUUAAAAAGCUCCUUUACAUGAAGUGCUAAUGACUCGCAUUUCCGCUUUAAAAUUGUAUAUUAUUUAGCAUAGUUUCAUUUAAUGGUGUAUCUUCCGUAACGUUACGACUAUACGAAGAUUUACCAUCGUAUAUUUUUGUAAAGUUAUGUAAUAUACAUGAUGCUAGCACAAUAAGAUCGGCUUCGAGCAGCACUUGAUAGCAUAAUAUAUUUAAUAAAAUUCACAUUUUUACACUAAAACUGAUUCGUGCGGGAAAGAACCGAAAAGGCAACAGUUAUUAAUAGUUAUUGUAAGGACAGGAUUUAUGUUUAUACAUAUUGUUUAUGAGUUUAUGCAAAAUUAUGAAAGCAAGAAAUGUUGACGAUUCGUUUAAUUCUGAGUUUUUUUUCACAUAUAUGAGAAUAUUUCGUGGUUUAAGAAAUAUUUAGCUUAUUUUGCAUAUUUUGGAAUAUUUUAUAUAUUGUAAAAAAAAAAUUUUAAUUUUAAUAAUACGGUAGGUACCAGGUAAAAUAUAUUUUGAACAUUUACAAUUGUUUUUUUUUCAUUUUAAUAAAAAGGUUCAGUGUAUACCUAUUAUAAGUUAUUAUAUGUGGGCUCAGCAAUUCUCUUAAAAUUGAUAACAAAAAAAAAUAAAUUAUUAGAUCAGAUUGAUCAUUUAAACCUAAAAUUACGAGACCAUUACCAUAAUGAUAAUUAUAUUUUAUGUUUAAUACGUUUUGGUGGAUGUAGGUGAACUUAGAAAAUAACGAGAAAACUAAAUGAACUAAAUAUAAUAAAACUUUAUACCUUUUUUUUGAAAUCAAAAUUAUUAAAUAUAGAGAGUCGAAAAAAAAAGUUCUCAGAAUCGGGUUGUAGAUAGGUACCUAUAAUAAUAACGAUAUUAAGUUAUUAACUUAAUAUUUUUAUGAAGGAGAACUCUAAAAUUUUAAUUUUAUCAUUAAUUUCAGGGAUAAGGACUACAUAUAUUUAAAUUAGAAUUCAAGUUUUAUAUUUUGAUGAAAAAUAAAAAUUUAGCACUUUCCAAUUCUGUUAGGUUAGGUUAGGUUAGGUUAGGUAUAUUAUCUUAGUUCGUGAUACAGACUGACACACAAGCUGAUAUUAAAAAAUUAUUUGGAAUAAUUUACAUUUUUUUUGGUUGGUAUGAGAUAUUAUUUUUUGUUUUUUCUGCUUCUGACCCAAUAUAAAUUACCGUUCACUAAACAUAAUAGAUAACCUGCAAUGCUGCAGUUGUUUUCAUACUGAGAAUAAUAUCAACAUAUUUGUUUAUCAUUAAUCAUUAUCAACCAUUCAAGUGUCCUAAUAUUUUCUUUUGCACUUUUCCAAUCACGUGUAAUGUGAUUUAAGUUUUUAAAUUAAGUUACCCUUAUUAUUAUGUUCAUAUUAUAUUUCUACUCUUACUUAAGUGCACUAUUAUUCUAUUUUAAUAUGUAUGUAUCACUAAUAUUAUUUAAGGAAUGUUGUAAAAAAAAAAAAAUUGUACGUUAAAGCAUAUAUUGAUGUUCAUUGAUAAUUUUUGCAUAUUUUUCAAACUUCUAAGAGAAUAUAAUUUACCUAUUAAUAAUAUACCUAUCUGCUUUUUUGAUAUCGAAUUAUUACUUAAUACCUAGCUAUGUACAAUUGAUUCCGAUACAAGAUCACUACCUACAAUAGGAGGCAAUUCGAGUUAAUGAUAUUUUUGAAAUCUGGAGGUAAUUCGAGUAAACUUUUAAAAAAAAUUAUUCACCGGCGGCAAUUCGAGAGUCAGGUAGGAAGUAAUUCGUGUGCGCCCCAUAAUUUAGGUCUUAGGUGUUUUAAGAGAAUAUAAAUCCGGUCUUUAGUUAUUAGUAAUAACUUAUUACUAACAAAUUUACGGAGGUACGACGCCCUCUUAACAUUCUAACAGCGCUGUCCUAUCACCCCAUGAACUUUUUUUUUAUGCUUUUGUUUGAAGUUCCUUGGUAGUUUCACUUUUUUCAGAAAAAAAAAAGGUAGUGCAUAGUUGGUUUUAAUUUUUAGUCAUGUUAAUUAUUAUCAUACAAGUAAAAUAUGUUAAGUAAAUACUAUAGUUAUAGUAAUUAUCUAUAGAUAAUGCAUAAUUAAUAUUAUUAAAAAAAGGUGCCAAUGGACUAUCAUAUUUCAGUCCUUUAUAUUCCGAUAUCUAUGUUAUAAACGCGAUCAUCGGCAUAUUAAUAUAUUAUCAAUAGUAUUAAUAGUUAUGCAGCUUUUAGCUAUGCUAUUAUAAAACUUUUUAUAUUGAUACACAUGCUUAAUUGCUUUAAUAAUUUUAAUAAUUUCAUGUUUUAGAUUCUGAGUGGAGCGAAGAAGCUUAUAGUUUUACACUGGUGUGUUCCUUGCUGCUCUAAAAAUUUGUUCUAUUACUUCUCUCCUUAUAUCUGGUGAUCCUCUCUAAAUUAUCUCUAAUUACCGCCCAAUUACCAUCCUUUUUCAUCUUUCUAAGUUUUUUGAAUAGAUCAUUUUAAACUCUAUAUAUCUCCCUCUCAAUGUUGAUAAAACCACAUGGAUUUCGUCCCGGCUCUUCUACUACAACAUGUAACUUAGUGUUGAAUACUUAUAUUUAUGACUCUUUUCGUGAUCGCCAACAAGUUGAUGUACUUUAUACACGUUUUUCCUAAGCGUUCGAUCUCGUGGACCACUCUCUCAUUAUCAAAAAUUUAAACCGUCUUGGUAUCGGCGAUCCGUUACUUCUUUGGCUUUACUCUUAUCUAUCUCACCGUCAUUUCUAUGUCUCUGUUCUUGGUUCGUCUUCAACUAAAUUUGUUCCUUCUUCCGGCGUGCCCCAAGGAGCUGUACUUUCCCCUCUCCUUUUUGCCCUCUUUGUUAAUUCAGCUCCUCUGUUCUUCGUCAUUCCAACUUCUAAAAUUUGCUGAUGACCUAAAAUUGUACCUCCGAAUUAAUUCUAUUAAUGAUUGUUUUCUUCAACAGAAUUUUACCAAUUUAGUAUUGUGGGUUGAGUCUCUCGGUUUUUCCUUAAGAUUUUUCCUUUUUCCGUACCCACUCUCAUAUGUAUUUUCCUUACGCCAUUCAUAAUAUCCCUAUUUUACAGUCAAGAAAAUCUAUUCGUAACCUAGGUUUUACGUUCACUCGUGACCUUUUCUCUACGAUGCACAUCGAGGAUAUUUGCUGCAGAGCACUUAAGAUUCUUGUUUUGCCCUUCGGUCCUCUGCUGCGUUCUAACUUUUAUCCCCCCCCUCAAUUCCCUCUACUGUAUUCUGGUUUGUCCUCUGCGCGAAUACGGCAGUGGUAUUUGGGACCCCUCUACCGCUUGUGCCAGUGCUUCUGUUGAACGUAUCCAGAGAAAAUUCUUCCGCAUUGUAGCUUAUAGUCUUAAUAUUUCUCAUCCUCCUCAUGGUUACACACCUGUUAUUCGUGCCCUGAAUAUUUCUUCAUUAAUUGACCAUCAGUAUGUUUCUAAUCUCUCCUUUUCGCCAAAAUCGAUUCUCCUUUUCUCUUAUCUCUAAUGAAUUUCCUCGCCCUAUCUCGUACCACUCGCUGUUCUGUCCCCUUCCACAUUCCUAGAUCCUCCUCUAAUUACCUUAACAAUUCUCCUCUUUUCCAUUUCAUAUGUGUAGUAAAUAUUGACACCUUCUUUUCCUUAUAAUCAUAUUUAUUAAUAUUGUUAUUUUGUUAGAUGUGUAAGUUUAUAUAAAAUUUUAUUAAACAGUAUGAGAAGUUCUAAAAAAGACUUGGAUAAUGAAGCUUUGAUAGGAAAAAAUCUGGAUGAAGUCAGUAAUUGGCUUGUGCAAUGGAGAAUGGCACAUAAUGGAGAAGGACUAAGGAUAAGUAGAAGUAAAACAGAGUAUAUGUUUGAAGGAAUAGGGUAAGAUAAUUGAGCGAAAACAAGAGGUUAUAGACUAGGUGAGUGUUUUAAGUACCUGGGAUCUUUUGUACAAAAGAACAAUGGCUUUCAUGAAGAUGUGAAAUAUAGUAUUAAGUGUGGUUUCACAAUUUCAGGUCACUUCAAAUACCUUUCACUGAAUUACAAAAAAAAAAAAAAAAAAAAUCAAAAUCAAUCUUAACAGACAUUUUUGUUCCGUAACUAUUUCCGUUUUUUCCUGUUUUCCAACAUUAUAAUGAAAAGUAUAAAGUCUAACGCAGCAAUUAGAAAAACCAUUUUUCUACCAAAAACCAUCACUGAUGUUGAUAAUUGGAGUAAGAUUUCUGGGGUGAAAAGAUGUUAAAAAUGAUUAUUAGUCUUCUUAUUAAUUUUAAAUUUUAAUUUAUCUCCGUUUAAAGAAAAAUAGCUCUUCAAAGGGAGGGUAAACUCCCUCAAAUGUGUCACUGAAAACUGCUCAGUAAACAGGAUUUUUGAAGCAAAACUUAUGUAAAUCUGACAAAAAAAAAUUAUUGAGUGUCAAAUUAAUUUUGUGUUUCUUUAUAGACUACGACUUAUCAUUAUUUCUUUUUUUUUUUUCACAGAUUUAUCAAAUUCAAAAUAUUCAUCUAAUCGACGUAAUGGAAAACCUAUUUCUGUUCAGCCUCAAAGAGUUGAAACUAACCGUAAUGCUGGUUUUAAAAAAAAUUCAAAUAACUUUAAGCAGCCACAACCUCGAGCUAGUCUCUUUUGUAGAAAGAAGGGUUCCGAGGUUUGUAUAAAACGUAGAUAAAAUUUAAUUUUGACCUUUAAGUAGCCAAUAUAAGUAGAUACUUUUUAUCACUUAUUAGUUACAAUAUUCAUGAAUGAGUAAAAAAUAUAAUGCAAACACAAGUGAAGCAUUUGAUGGUAAGAUCAUUUUUAUAAAAUUAAUUUCUAUCAAUAAUUUUUAGGUAACUGAAUCAUUAAAUGAUGCUGAAGAAGAUGAUAUUUUGCCUUUACUAAGGCACAGGGAAAAUACUAAAACAUGGAAUAUACGUACUAGUUAUGGAUCCAGGAAAAAAGAAUUGCCUCAUAAAUUCAAUGUGAAACACUUUUUAAUUGCAAAGUAAUUGUAUAUAAUGUAAAUACCAAUAUUAUAUACUAAUAAAUCAUUUUGUGUAAAUAGCUGUCAAUUUGUAGUCAAAUUUGGAAUAGAUUAUACUCAAUGGAUGUGUGAUCAGGAUGAGAUUGUUCAUUGGGACUGUAUUGAACAAAUAGUAAGUUAAGUUGGAUUAAUAUAGUUUUAGUUAAUUAUGGAUCAUAGUUUUGUAAAAUAAUGUUGUAUAUCUAUUGUUUAAUAUAUAAUUGUUUAAACAAUGACAAUAAUAUGCUUUUUAAAUUUAUUUCAGAAAAUGUUUUCCACCCAAUUUAUAAAGUGUCCUAUUUGUAUGGACAUACCAAUAACACCAAAAAUGACCCGUUGUGGUCAUAUCUAUUGUUGGCCUUGUAUUUUACGAUAUUUGGAUAUAAAUAAUGAACUAGAUGUUGCAGGCUGUCCAAUAUGCCAUGCUAGUAUAUUAAAAAAGGAAUUACAAAGGUAUAUUUAAUGAAUAUAAAUAAUGUAUAUACUAACCAAAGUAUUGAGUAUUGCAUAAAUACAUGUGUUAUGUAAUAAUUAUUUUUGGUAAAGUAGCAUCUAUAAUAUAUAUUAUCAACAAUCUCAGUUGAAUGUUGUAUAAAACUAUAUUUAAAUAUAUUAUAGUACAUUUAUUAUAACUUCUUCCUUAUUUAUAUCUUUCAUGCUCCUAUAACAUUGCCAAGUAUACCUUUAAAGUUCCUUCUUGUGAAACACGAAACUAAGUUUUAUUAAUGCUCUCUACAAUGUUAAUAAUAUUGUGCUAAUAGUAUUUAAUCAUAGAUUAGUUGGUUACUUUAUGUUAAAUAUAAUAAACAAAUAUAAAUUAAAAUUAUGAUCUACAUUUUUAACAAUAAUCUAUUUAUUUAUUUAUCUUUUGGAAAAUUUAGAUACCUCAACUAUUAUGAUUUUACAUGAUAAACAUAUGUUGUUAAGCAUAGUUAAUUAUUGUUAACAGUCCCUGACAGAAACUUGACAAUUAGAGUGUUAUCUAUACUGAAAGAAUAUGAAAAAAUUCAAAAUAAUAUCAUAGAAUAAUGUAUUGUAAUAUAUUGAGAAAGCAAAUUUAAAUUAUUUGUUGUUUUUCUUUUUUUUUUUAAGUGUGGAAAUAAUUAUCAAAGAAGAAUGCUGUGUUGGACAACCUAUCACGUUGCAGUUAAUGAAGCGUGCUAGACAUUCUUUACAAGUGUACCCGAUUUCUGAACUCAGACAAAAUGUUUAUGAACCAUUAGAUAAUAUUCCUUUGUCACUUAGUGAAGUUAAUUUUUCUACUGCAUAUUCCAGACUGCUUGUUGGUGAUAAAAAUCUAGUUAGUAUUAAAAAUUUUAAAGUAUAAGCAAAUAUUACUUUAAUAAUGCUCAAUUUUAAUUUUAGGUUUUAAAUAUAUUAAACAAAGAAAGGGAAGAACUAGUACUACUUUUAGACCACUGGGAAACUGAAGAUGUUGAAAAGAAAUAUAUAUUUGAAGCUCUUGAGUUAUUGUCAACAAGAGAAAAUGUUUUAAUGAAUGAAGAACCAGUAAGUGUAUAACAUUUAACAUUAUAACAUUGUUUUUCUCAUUUUGAACUGUAGCAUGGGGAGGGGGGUUUGUGUUGCAUUACUUCUUUCCCCCCCCUGCCCCCAAUAAAUUUAAUAGUAGAUCUAUCAGUUGCACGAAUAAUAUGACAAAUUAUUAAUUAAAUUGUCAUUAUAUAGUGUAAUAUUGUGCACGGGGAAAGGUUGUGUGAGACAAUUAGUCCUAAUAAUUGCUUUUAAAAUAAUUAAUAAUUAUUUGUAUUUAAGAUUUAUUAAUUUCAAUGUAUAUUUUUUCUUUUAAGAAUAUGGAUGUUAAAGAAAUAGAAUGUGAAUCAGUGAAUUCUAUAUUAAGUACCAGUUUAGGAUCAUGUCCAGUAAUUUUAAUAUUGCUACCAAAAAAUAAAGAUUUAAACUAAAUAAAAAUUUUUAUUUUGUAGUUAUACUUACAGAACUUUUUUGAAGUUCCUGGAUGUUCUUACAGUGCUUCUAGUGUUUUAGAUGAAAAUCCAAGUUUACACAGUUCACAAUUAAAGUAAGAAUAUACAAAACUUAAUGUAUUUUAACAAUAACAGUAAUGCAGUAAUGAUUAUUAUUUUAACAUGGUCAAGAUGCACUAUUUUUAAUAUAUAUACCUUGGUACUGGUCAAAAUUAAGUUUUUUUUUUCUAGGACAAUUUUUUUUAGUGGAUAUGAAAUAUAAGAACUAUAAUAAGAUUUAGAUUUUACAUUCAUAUACAAUAAAAUACACUGGGAAACGCUGAUGAAAAAAAUAGACUAAAACUUAAUAAUGCUAAUCAAAUUAAAAUAAAUGUAGAAAUCACACCUUGCGGUAAUUAUUUCUACAUGCGAAUAAACAAAAUGAUGUAAAAACACAGUGAACGUAUUAAUAAACAGAUGCAUUAAUCAGAAUUUCCAUUAUUUGAUAUUUAUUUAUUUAUUGCUGUCAACCAUUUUAAUAUAAAUAUAAAUUUAAAUGGUGUUCCAUGAUUACCUGCCAUUUGAAAUAACUUGUUCUAUUCAAUAUUUUCUUUAUAUAUUUUUUCUUUAAAUAAUUAGUAUGCCUCUAUGCUACUGUUAAUAUUUGAAAACUAUUUAUUAGGAAAGUACUUAAAAUUUUUUUAAAAAAAUUAAAAAUAGCCAUUUUGUAAAAUUCAUUUUUAGAAAAUUUUUGAUGGUUGAAACUUUUGUUAAGUAUGGUUUUUUAUUUUCUGAGAUUUGUUGGAAAUUUUUGCAAAUGUGAAUAUUACCUAUUGCGGUUAUUCUAUUACAAUAUUUAAUCAGUUAUUAGUCAGGGCCACAAAUUAAGAAAGAACUGGACUAGUAAAAAAUAGGUUGGCUGGGUGGUGGUGUUGAUCAUCAAAUGUUUUCAAUUCAAAAGUAUAAGGUACAAGUAUUUCGGUUUUUUAAACAACUGAGAAAAUCAAAAAAUGACCUCCCUAUUGUACCUCCAUAGUAAAAAUUCCUUUUAGAAACAUUGCUAUCAUUAAAAGUUUUAGCAAAAGUGCUGGCAUAAAAAUUAUCCACAGAAUAAAAAAACGUAAAUUAUAUUUCAUAAAUUUUCCCAUUUUUUUUUUUUCAGUUUUUUCAAAUUUGAUAAGAAAACUUUAAAAAAAAUCAAAAAAUGACCUUCUUAAGACCUCCCCACGCUGAUUUGAAAUGAGUGGUAUAUAAUAAUAUAUAUAAUAACAUAAUAAAUUAAUAUAAGAAAAUAAGUCUUAAGUUUUUGUAUACUAAAUAACGAUUUGUACAAAUUUUAGCUUAAUUAUACAUCUCUUAAAUAAAGCAGCUAUGAAAAAGUACAGAUCAAUGUUUAAAGAUUUACAUAAUUUGGUACAUUUACAAUUGUACUUUGUUGUCCUAAUACAGUAUUGGAUUUAUACAAAUUAAGGUUAGAAGAAAUUAUAUUUCUAGUAAGAAAUUUAUGUUAAGUCUCACAUAAUGUUUAUAUUCAUACAUAGUAAAUAAAAAGUUCUUUUAGUAUAGUUUAUAGAUAAUAAAUACAUUCAAUUCUAAAUGACUGAAGAUAAAGUCUUGAUUUGCACAGGAUUAAUUUUAUAAAACUAAUUAAAGUGAUAAUUCAAUGUUUUAAAUGUGAAUAGGUGCCACCCCAGAAUAUAAUGCCAUAUGAGAUAAUAGACAGGAAUAUAUAUUGACAAAUAUACUGUUCUAAUUAAUUUUAUUUAUUUAUUAUAUUACAACUUAUUAACAAUUUAAAUUGAUAUUGUAAUUUCCUAAUAAUUUGGACUAAAUAUAGAAUAUGGUGAUAUAAUUUAAUAGAUUUGUAAAUGAUUAUACCAAGAUAUUUUAUCUAUAUGGUUAAUAAUAGUACAAUUACAGGGUUCUAAACCUAACUUGCAAUAUUAUAAGAAUGAGCAUGUAUGUUUUUGUCGUUUAUCAACAUUUAUAUUGAUAUAAUUAGACUUUUAGGUUUAAAUUAAGCAUAUAACAUUAACUACUGUAUUAUCCACUAUCUUAUUAUAAUUUUAGUGGCUGUAAUAUGAUUUAAUUUUUUUACAUUCCAUAAAAGAAAUAAUGAAAAUUAUUACAAAAUUCUGUUACCGCAUGGUGAUAAGUUGAAUUCAAUUCAACUUUUUGGUAUCAUUGGUAUGGACAGUAUACCAUCAAUACAAACGAGGUAGUACCUAGUAUCAAUUAAAUCAUUGGGCUAAUCAGAAUAAGUAGAUUAAUACACACUGCACAGGACACGGUACAUGGUAUAAUGAAAAUUCGGCUUUAGUAAUUAGUUAUUCAUUUUGGUUUAACAAAGACGUUUAUUUUUAUUGUAUUUUUUUAUACUAUGUAAAGAAAUUCUACCAGAAAACUUUUUCCAAUAUAUAUAGAGUAUAACAUUUUUUGAAAGCAAAUUUUCCCAGGGUGGCACUUUGGGAAGGUCAUUGGUUGAUUUUCACAGUAGUUAUUUCAAUAAAUGGAAAAAUAAAUACAAUAUUAAACAAAUAUUUUUAAAGAAAGUAUAUAAUGCAUAUGUAAUUAUUUUACCAUAAUGUUACUCAUACCGGGUGAUUUUUUAUGUUGUUAAAUUUUCAUUAUUUCCAAAAGUAUUGACUAUUUUUGGAAUUUAUUUUUGUGGGUGAAAUGACUACCUACUCUUGAUUCUGAAGACAACCUUAAGAAGGAUGUCUCAAAUAGAUGGAGAAUUAGUUAAAAUACAUUUUUGGUGUUAACAUUUUUGAUGUCAGUCAUUACAUUUAAGAGAUAAUCUACUUUUAUGUUUGAUUUGGAGGAGACCUAGUGGUGCAUUAUUAAAACGCCGCGUGCUAUACCACCCCUCAAAUGAUUCUCACUAUUCUCUUCCGACCCAAAUUUAAAAGUGAAAUAUCUUGUCAACAGAUUGACGGAAAUUAAAAAUGUCAACACCAAAAUGUAUUUUAUUUACUAUUCAUUUAAUUUAUUUAUAGCAUUUUUAAUAUAGUUCACUAUAUGAAAAUCAAAAUUAAAUAGUUGUUCUAUACCCAAAAAUUAGGGUGACAAAAAAUAAUUAUAAUUUAAAAUUGUAGAGCUACUUUUAAUUCUUAAAUUUUUUAUAACACAGAUUCCUAAAAAAAAAAAAUACUUUUCUUGACAAUGAGUGUUUACAAUAAAGUAAUCAACGGUAUAUUAUUGACAAAGCAACACUAUUAACUAAUUCUGCUCAGAAUCGUUUAUUUGUUAGCAAUUGUUAAUUCUUGCGUUCAGAUAUACAUUAAAUAUCCCCUCUACCCUCCCCACUUUUUAAUUUUUAGAUCCCCAAAAAUUGUGUAAAAUUAAUUUCUUGUUCAGAUAUACUCUUAACAAAAUAUUUUUAUUUAAUUAUUUAGGACAGGGUCAUUAUAAUAUAGGUUGCUAUCUGAAAAUCAAGAGGAUAGUGGUUUAAUCCUCAAAAUAAGGAUGUCAAAAAAUACUGGUGUAUAAUAUUUUUCAACUACAUGUUUCUCAAAUUGUCAAAAAAAAAAAAGUUUUUGAGAAUAAUAUUUUUGUUUAUUAUUUUUUUUAGUAAAAUCAACUUAACCUCAACCAAUGUUCAAGAUGUAUUACAAAACAAGCAAGUUAAAAAAGAUUUUUAUUUUUAUCAAGGUAAAUUUUUAGUUUAUUUAAAAUAUAUUUUAUUUGAUAUUUUUAAUUGUUUUAUUAAUUUCAAUAGCAAUGGAUGGACAGCAUAUAUAUUUAUCAGCAGUUAAUAUAGAAAUGUUGGAAAGUAUGUUUGGUAGCCUUGAAAAUUGUCCACUACAGAUAGAAGCUAUUGUAAUAGAAAAACAAUACUUAUCAAUGACAGAAACAUUAAGAAAGCGUUAUAGAUUUCUAUUACAUUUACCUAUAACAACUGUUUUUGAAUGGGUCGAGAUAGAUUUGACUAAUAUAGUUAAUCAAGAAACCUUAUUUAUAUUUAAAAGUAAUUAGUUAUAAUAAGAAUGGUUUGGUUAUUAAUCAAUAAAUAAUAAUAUUUAUAAAAGACAAUUUUUUCCUAACCUAUUUAUUUCUUAUGGAUGUCAAAAUAUUGAUGUCGUUUAAACUUAUUUAUUUUUCACAAGUAUUAUUACUGUUAAAUAAUUUCAUUCACUUAGUUAUAAUUUAUAAAAAUAAAAAGUUACUAUUGAGAACUAAAAACAAAAUUUUAAAUUACUUAGGCAAUUUGGACGAAAGAAAAGCUAAAAGGGAUAGACGUGCUCGUGAUGAACAACGCCUUGCUAAACGCAUUGAAGAAAAAAAUAACCUUGGAAAUAAAAAAAUGCAGUCACCACCUCCAGAAUGGCAUAACAGGAAUUUAUUUCCAGAAUGUGGUUAUGACCCAUUUGCUGAUAAGAGGUACUAUUAUUUAUUUUUACCAUGAUUAUAUAGAACAGGUUAUGCAACACGGGCGGAAUUUGCACUCAGAACUUAUUAGGGUUGUGUUGUUCCAUUAUCCCUCAAUCACUGUAUGCUGAAAAUGAUGCAUUUAGAAUUUUCUGAAACUAUUAUUUUAUAAGUUAAACACUAAACUGUAGUUAUUUAUGUCACUAUACAUAAUACGCAGAACAAACAAUUGUGAAUCUUCUUUGCGUGCCAGUCAGUGACAUUUAAAUUCCUUUUUUUGUCCUAAUAAUCAGCAGUUUAAAUUUUAUUGUCUUCUUAUAACAGAUGGCUAAACUAGACAUUCAAUGUACUUUUGAGCAAGCGCCCCGUUUUGUGCCUAUUAAUUUAUAUUUGUUUCUUGUUAUACAUUUUUUCCUGGUAUCCUCACAGUGUACUUUAUAUGUAAUAGCACAUUCUAGUUUCAUUUCUAAAUAUUUAGGGUUAUCCACAUGAUUGUGAGUGUAAGAUACUUACUGUGCACAAAUUAUAGUAAUUUGAAGUUUUCAAUAUUUAAGGUAAGUAUUCUUCUUUCAAAAUAAGCAGUUUUUUCUUCGUCACCUUUAGUAGUCAACCAAGUUUCACACACAUUAUAAAUAAAUACAAAUUACCCUACAUUUUUAUUAUUUAGCUAUAAUUGUGAUAGAAAAGAUUUACAAAUUAGUUAUCAGAAUAACAUUUUUUUUCAUUGAUUGACUUUGACUUUUGGAUAUUUAGGUCUUGGGAAUAUGCAAGGUAUAAUAUCCCUAUUCAACUUUAUAAAACUUAGAUUCAUUAUUAUUAUUGAUAUUUGCUGCAACUAUAAUUAUUAAAAUAUACAUUCCAACAUUUUUGGUUAAAUUAAGGUUGGAGCAGCAACCGGUAUAGCUUUCACUUAUUUAACUUAUAGAAUUUUUUGGGGAUUUGAUCUGUAUCCCGAUUUACAGUACACGACAACAUGUUUAUAAUAGCAUGUUUUACAAUUUCAUAAUAAAGAUCUGAUUACCUAUAAAGAAUUUUAAAUUUAUAAUAAAUGAUUAUAUUUGUGAAUAAAUGUAAUAUAUUCCAGCUAUCUAUCUAAACUACUAGAUAGCAUGUUUGACUAGUAGCACUGACUUAGUGGAGACCAUUAACAGUAAUGAGUUAUGACCGGGCAGUCACGUAUAAAUCAUAUUAUCUACGGCUAACCUGUUUUAUAAUCAUGAUUUCUGCUUUACUUUUUUAUGAUGUACCUAAUGUAUAUUUUAUAUUUUUAUAGUAUGAUUCCUUUGACUGAAUCAAUUGGAAUAACUCGGGAGUCAUCUGCUGUGAAUACUUCUAAUAGUUCACCUAAUAGUUUAUCAUUUGCAAAGGUACAUAUUAUAUGAUAUUUUAUAAUAUAAUUCUUUUAAAUAUAUUUAUAUGAAUGUUGUUUAUUUGUUUCAAAAUUAAUACUUUUGUUCUAGGCAUUAUUGAAUGAGAACCCGUCAAUUAAUUGUUCUUCAGAUAGAGUUUUAACAAAUGCUUCUUCUCAGUGGCCAGUACUUGGUUCUAGACCAAAUUCUAUGUCUAUGAAUGAUGUAUUGGAAGACGCUAUUGCGAACAUAAAUUUACAUGGUACAUUUUUUAAAUUGUUAUAUUAUUUUUCAUAGUAGAUAGUCUGAUUAUCAUUAAAUUUGAUAAUAUGCCAAUCAAUUAAUAAUACAAACUGAUAUGAUAAAAUAUGUGUUAAGGUCCUCACACACAACUGUAGCAGUCGCUGUGGUUUGUAUUCUUCUGAUUAACAAAACGUACAUUUUUUUUUCUGAUAAUCAAAAUUAUAAUUAUAACUUAAACAGUAAUUAAGCUAUGAGCUCCACAUUAGUCUCCACUAUUUCUUUUUAUAGUUUAUUAAAUUAUAUUAUUUUUUCAUUAUUUAUGCGUUGGGUUUCUCUUCAUUAUAUCUGUUGGAAAAUCCUAUAAAAUACAAACUAGUUACCAACAUUAAUUAAUAUUAAUAUAAUACAAACUCGAGUAUUUUAAUGUGCCCUAUGCCCUUGCCUCUGUCAGCAAAAUAUGAAUAUAUGGCCUGUGACUCCUUGUGCCAUGCCUUGUACUUAUAUAUUGUCUGGCUGUCAUUACGUGGGGUUAAAAUUGAUCAUGGAAUAAUUUUAUUUACGUUAUUUUACUGCAUUAUCCAUCACAGUUUUCACUGUGGUCAUGUGUAGGCUUAUUAUUAAAUAUAUGUGUACCAUUAUAUUACCACUACUAUUUUUACUUGUGCGGACCUUUAACAUAAUAUGUACCAAUGUAUAUGAAUGUAAAACAAAUUUGUUAAAAUUAAAAUCUAAUAUACAGGUGUCCAACCAUUGUGAUAUCUCGGAAAGUAUUAACUUUUUUUUCACACUAUUUUCAUAAGUGAAAGACUUGAUUUUCAUUAGGCAAUAUUCAUAAAAGAAAUGGUGUUAAAAUGUUUGAUUUCCCUGAAUCUAUUGAUAAGAUAUUGUAAUUUUUAUAUUGAAUACCUGGAUAGUAGUAAUUCACCACAUAAAUAAUGUUCCAUUAAUUUUUCACUACCCAAAAUUUAAAGUGGAAUCUCAUCAAUGGGUUGACAAAAAUUAAAAGUAGGUCCUCAAAAACGUUUUAUCCCCCUCCCCUCCAAAAAAAAAAAAAAUAAGGGUAACAAAAACUUAUGCCCUUAUAACAUUUUAGAGCUGCCUGUUUUUUAAAUUGUCUAUACAAAUUUUACUUUCCUAGAUAUUGUAAUGUAGAGAUGAGACUAGUCGUUCAAUAAACGAUUUUGUUCAUUUGUAUAUGUUCAACUACAUAUAAUUUAUUUAAUUUAUGAUUAUAUUUUUCUUCUUUGAUUUUAACACCUUUAGUUACAACAUGGUUUUAUAAGUCACUUCUCCUGUACAUUCAAAGUCAACUUGUCCAAACUUUAAAUCGUUCUAAUACAAAAACUAAUAUAUUUAAGGUUAACUAUCGAUUUUGAAUCCUUCACUUGGGUGAACAGUUUAUUUGAACUAGUUUAUUCACAUCUCUAUUGCCAGUAGGUAUAUCUUUAUAGGACACUUCACUUAUUAGACAAACGUGAGUGUGUGUAUGACAAAAAUAUGCAGGGGUAAGAUUCACAAAUUAGGGUAUCUUAUUAAUAUGUGGCAGAAUUUACCAUGUUGCACUUGUAAGGGUAUAAUGUUGUGUAUUUAGGCUACUUUAAAUGAUAUAAAAUUGUAUUAAUUAGCUGAUCAGUAGUUAAAUUAAUGAAAUGUGGUUACACCCAUUGUUUAUUUUUUGUUAUCCAUAUAUUAAUUAACAACAAAAUCUUUAUAAUUGCAGAUGGUAUCAAGAAAUCAAAAAAUAAGAAAAAAAAACGUAGCAAAUAUGAACCAAUAUUUUGAAAUUAUACAUUAUUUAAACUUACGCAUAAAUAUUGCAUAAUUAUAUUAGUUUCAUUUAGAUAUUUAUAAUUGCUGAUUAAAAGUUUUAUAGUAAGUAAACUUAAUAAUAAAAAAGGAACUUAAAAUUAAUAUUGUUUAGUUUUCAUUUCUUCUAUGUUAUAAUGUUAUUUAUUAUGUUAACUCUGUUAAAAUAUAUUAAUUUAAUCUAUAAUGUCUAAAUCAAUUUAAACAAAAAUAUUUAAAAAUAUAAUAUAUUGUGAACGCCAUACAA